AUGCUAGUAAGCGCUUAUUGGCACGGUCUGCAUCUGGGCUACUAUCUUUCCUUCAUGACAAUUCCUCUGGCACUCUCCGCCGAGUCCGGCUUGGCCAGCCUAAUUACCGUGGCUGGAGGCGGUCUGCCUCCUGGAAGCUUGGCCUUUCUUCAAUGGCUCAUCAAGAUGCGAGUCUUCGAGUACUGUGCUAUGGGAUUUUUGCUGCUCGAUGCCCCAUCCACUCUGGCCUAUUGGUCUAGUAUGUACUAUUGCGUACAUAUUGUUCUCGGGCUGCUCUGCAUGACUGGGCUUCUGCUUCACGCCCUGCUGCCCCUGUCGGCAUUUCGGUCUGCUGCACCCGCUACUCAACCUGCAAAGUCGAUCGACCUGAACUACCCACAUAAGCUGAAAUCAGCUUCUGCGACUGCAACCUUUCCUACCACGGCUGGCCUGCGUGCCGGUGGUAUGGUAAAUUAG